AUGACAUCGCAGUCCACUUCUAACCCGUUCGAUAUUCUUCCCAAUGAACUUAUUAUCGACAUUUUCAUCUUGAUCCGGCAUGAAUCAGCCUUCUACAUGAACCCAUCCGACAAAUGGAUAUCAUCUGUGGUGCGACUCUCCAGUGUCUCUCAUAGAUGGCGAGAUAUUGCUAUUACUACCCCCCAAUUCUGGACUUUCUUCGUAUUAUCCACACCAAACUCCAUUCAACUUGCACCGUUGUUCUUUGAACGGUCGAAGCCCUUACCUAUUGACCUCAUAAUCUUGCACUUAUCAUCAAAGGAUAUCUUACCGCUUUCAUCUCCUGAGAAUAGCCGUAUUCGAUCGCUCGAUUAUCGGUUCAUCUCACCAGAUGAGUUGAAUGAGUCCUUGCUUGUCGUUUCUCCCGCGACAAACCUUGAUACAUUGAAGAUUCGAUGUGAUCCUAGAUUUGACUGGGAUUGCCACAGCUCACAGCACUUUGCUGUAGUCAAAAAUGCCGCCCGUUUGCGAUCUGUAGUGCUCAAAGGAAUCUGCUCGCGGCUAUCUCCUCCUUUGGUCAAUCUCACCCACCUCGAAAUACAUGGAUUUUCACCCACAUUUCCAGAGUUUCGUGCCUUAUUCGACUCGAAUCCAGCGCUUUCUACUCUGUGUCUCCCCCGAUUUUUUCCAACGGAAUGGUUGUACGAAAAGCAUCCCCCAGGCCCCAUCGAUGCUUCCUCGUUGCGAUCAUUUUCUGUCGGGUUAGGUAUGCACUGGAGCCGUGAAAUCUGCAUGUUGACGUUCCUGAGGAUGAAUAAUCUUGAAUACCUCGAGAUUGCCGGGAGCUAUACAGGCCAUAUUACCAACCAUUUCUCUUCUGCAAAUGGUUUGUCGAGAGUACGAACGUUGCGUCUGCACAACUUCGUGAUAGAUGUUGUUCACGCUCCCGACGCCCCACUUUGGAGCGCGUUGAACGCAGUGGCUCGUGUGGAACUGAGUGGUGUAUCACGUUUCUCCGACCUUUUAGCAGCCAAAACCGAGACUGGAGAUAACGAGGUCUAUUUUCCGAAUUUGACCAACAUUUUUUGUGACAGUUACGAGUCGUUGCGGGAAAUCGUCGAAAUCACACGCUCGAGGAGUGCGGUGGGAUUAUCUCGUGUCGAGGUUCCAUCCCACUUUGAGUUUCUUCCCCAACAAGAGGUGGCGACUAAACUGAAUGCAGCUAAUAUCGAGCUAGUCUUCGUCAACGACAAGGAUGCAACUAAAACUAUAGUUCAUUAUGACUCUGAAGACGAAGACGAAGAUGAAGAGGACGAAGAAAACUUGGAUUUUGACGAACUUUCUUGGAGUGAUGACGAUAACUACGACUACGACGAUUACGAUGACUACGAUGACCAUGAUGACCAUGAUGACCACGAUGACUUGUUCGAGAGAUUUGGACUUUUGGAGGGAUCUGACAUCAACGGAUGGGAUGAAUAG